UAUAUAUAUAUAGAUGACAUGAAUUUGGAAAAUCUAGAUUCUACAGUCGUUGACUACGCUUUGCCAAGAAACGAAAGUUUUUGACUACUAUUUGACAAAUCAGUAGACGACACUUGGCAAACUCUAUAUAGUACGUUCAAUUUUGGUAAAUCUGAAAUCAGUUUGACUUGUUGACUAGUUUAGAUAAUACUGAAUGUCAAUAUUUACGUUACCUUUUCUAAAAAAUAUGAUGAACAAUAUAUAUGUAUGUGACUAGCUGUAAAAUAUUAAUCACACACUGUAUUGCAUUAAGACAAUCAUAAAACUCUUGUCUAAGACAGAUUAAAACAAACGAUGAAGUCACAAACAGUUUUAUUCUUCAUAUUCAUGUUCUCCUUCUUUGUUCUACAUCAAUGCAUACAGGAGGUGGACGAUGUUAGAGGAGGAAUAGAGAGCGGGAGGAGCAAGCUCACUAUACCAAAUUGUGUUCCUGCCCAAUGUGGUAAAGAAGGUUUUUUCAAACGGAAUUGUUGGUGUUGUUUUCGUGACCUAAACAUUUGUUUCUUUACCCAAAAAGCAUGCGAUUCCAGCCCCCGUUGUACUCCUCUCAAGUUUACACUCUUAGAAAAUUAAUGUGCACCUCUAUGCUUUUUACGAAUAUAUAAUAAGGUUUUAUUCACAUGAUCGACAGUGCUUUA